GUGGAGUUUACGGAUGUUCAGCAUGUAUUCAGGGAGUAGCUUCCAACUAAUUAAUCUGUGUGAUUGACACAAACAUCUUGCCGACAACUUGUUUAUAAAUAGGAAUAUUUCACUAUUUCCACGUCCAUAAACUUAUCUGGAAUUAAUCAUGGCGAGUUCACCCCAACAACCGCAAAGGUGGAAGCGUCUGGGCAGUAUCAAUUCGUUGGAUGGCCUAGCUCGUAGUACCAUAUCUCUGGAGGUGCCGGAGGCAAGGAGCUGUCGUGAGGCACGUGAACAAAGCAGAAAGGAAAUGCACGUAUUGAACGAGAAGCUGGCAUCACAGUUGGAAAAAAUGCGCUUUCUAACAGAACAGAACAGAAAACUGACGGAAGAAUCUCAGGGAUCUCGGGGUAGAUUUACCAGAGAAACAGAAAAACUGCGACAAACAUAUGAUACAGAGCUUCGACAACUCCGCCAGUUAGUAGACGACUGUGAACGCGAGAAGGCGGACAGCCUGGCGAAAAUGGCCAGUUUGCAGCAAGCUCUUCGGACUAAACAGGACCAAAUUCAGCAUCUGUCACAGGCCAACCAGAAACUAUCGCAACAGUUGGACGAUGCUUUAAAAGAUGGCAGCGCUAAAGAAACGGACAGAGCAAUUUUACAACGCCGUUUGAAUGCAGCAGAAGAGGAAAUGCAACGUCUCCGUGGUGCCUUGGAACAAUCCAAACAAAAUAAUCAACAGCUACACAAGAAUCUUGACGAAGAAACCGCAAGCCGCAUGGCUUGUCAGUCGGAGAUGCAAACACUUCGAGAGGAAAUGGAGUUCCAGCGAACGGUUCACGAACAGGAAUUGGAAGAACUGCGGGUCAUGUCCAACGUGGACCACGAACAGGACCGCAACCAAUGGCGUGACGAGAUGCAGCGGGCAAUACGUGAUAUACAAACAGAGUAUGAUCAACGUUUGGACAAAAUCCGCAACGAGAUGGAAGCCAAUUAUAAUAACAGGCUGUCAGAAGUCAGUAAACAAUACGCCGCCCAGAAUGCACAUAGUCAGCAGGUCUCCGAAGAGAACAGACAACUGAAGAAUAAUUUGAAUGACGCGCAAAAGCGUGCGGAGCAGCUCCGUCACAAAUGCACCCAGUUAGAAGAAGCCGUUCGCGAAUGGCAAGAAAAGUACCAAGCAUCUCAGCGAAAACACGAUGCGGGUCUACGUGAUGCAGAACGAGAAAGACAAAGUGCAGAGGAUGCGCUCAACCGCGCAUUGAACGAACUUGCUGCGUUGACUGAUGUGAAGCUUAACUUGGAAUCAGAAAUAGCUGCAUAUCGACGAUUGUUGGAGGCACAGGAUUCGCUUAUUUCUGGCACGAACGAUACCCGAAAACCUCGCAUAUCAUCGCCUACUCCCUACAAGCCAAAAGAGUUGAGAGUACGGGUCCCAACAUACACCUCUUCUCAAACAACUUUUCCGAGGUCAUCUAAAACUGACAGUGUAAACCGAUGGACUGAUAGGGAAGAACCCAGCGGGCAAUCGGCACGAUCUCACUUGGUUGAACGAACAGUCGAAGGCAGUCAGCAGCUGUCUUGCAGCUAUUCUGAUAGUGAGAAAGUUAAUCUGAGUCAGAGUGAGAACUACUAUCGGGGACAGUUGGCCUUGUCCGAAUGUUCGCCCAAUGGAACCUUCAUAGAGAUAACCAAUACCGGCGAAAUUGAAGUCAACCUUGCGGGAUGGUGUCUCAUUCGAAACAUUGAUCAGGGACGUCAAAUCACACGAUACACCCUUCCCAGUCGAAUUAUCCCGGCGCACACUAGUUUCCGAAUUUGGGCAGCUGGAAAAAUGAGUCCCGGUUCCGGAAUGUUUGAUUUUGAAGGACCGUAUGCAAACUGGGGAACUGGGACGUUAGUGCACACAAGUCUCUAUAGUCCAGAUGGCACGGAAAAAGCAACACACACUCAACGGGUAGACUACAGUCCAUGAAAUCGCCCUCCUCUGUUUCCCUGUUCAUCCAAUCACAUAUCACGCACAAACUUUAUUAUUCCCUAUUGCUCUUUUUGCUAGUUUACGCAAUCUUCCCUGCAUGUCCACUUACUGUGCAGUUAGUCCGUCCAGACCAUGAACGUCCUCAACGGCUGGACUUGACUUUCAAUGAAAACCAAUCUAGUCGUUUAUUUGCCUACUUUCCUCCACAAGCUCUCUUCCACGGCUACGCAGUCGCAAACCAUUUUCUACCGACGUUUAUAAUGGUGUCUCCUUGUCUUCUAA